AGAGGUAUUAAACUGAUAUUCUAUGUUCUGAAUAAUUCCAGAUUGUUGACAUUGUCAGGUCAGGCUCCCUUUAGAGCUAUGCUCAUGGCUUAGAAGGGGUUAAGUGGGUGUCCCCUUAAGCCCGUCUCCCAUUCUGUUAUCCUUUUGCAGAUCUGCCAAACACAAACUCUCAGAAUAUUGGAGAGAGAGAGAGAGAGCAGGGACUGAGAAUUCUUGUGAGAGGGGAGUCUAAAUCCUCUCAUCUUUCAAACAACCAAAUAAGAAGAAUCUCAGAAGAAUUAAUAUUCUACAAGAAGAGAUCCUCAGAUAGGAAGAAGAACACAUAUUAUUCUAAGGAAAGUCUCCUGUCAGGAUCACCAUGAGCUGCUAUAAGCCUUGGGCAUGUUUUAUGUCACUUAGAAACAGGAGGAUUUAAUGUAUUGUAUUUCAUUUGAGUGCAGCAAAGUAUCUUGUGAUCUACUUCUUCAGCAUGGCAGGCAGAAGUCCCCUUGUGGUUUUCCUGUAUGUAGUGGUUGUAAUAUCUGGAUGUCUGUGCAUUUCAAACAUCGCAUCAUCUGCCAAACUGAGGAGGAAUCUUUUCAACCAAUAUCACUCGCUAUUACUUCCCGAUGGAAAAGAAAGUACAAUCUACUUGCUAAAAGACAUUACAAAAAGGUACUACUUCUUCCUGGAAGAAAAUGCUACACCUCACUUCUCGAUCACAGUGACUCCAUGUGAUGUGCCCAUUGAAUGGAGCAUUCUACACUACAAAGCCCACGUAUCCCACGGAAAAAUAGCAGAUGGGUUUAGAUUCUUUGAUGACCUGAAGUCUCAAUCGUUUUCCAAGACAGUGUCUACACUGUUCCACUACAAAGGAAAUUCUGUUGAGAACUUUAUUGGAGCGGCUGUACAGUCAUCUCUGUUUGUCCUGGAAUUGCUGUCUACAGAGAGAGACACUCAUAUUUCUGUAUAUUUAACAACUGACCUUACACAUGGAAAUUUGUUUCCUGAGCUUCCGGGAGAUCCUCGCAUUGACGUCACCUCACUCAACCAUAACUCUGCUACCUUGGUCUGGAAACCAAGCCCUUCAGCCAUCAGAAACAAGGAAUACAUUGAAUAUUGCCUUCUCGUUAACGAAAAACACAACUACAAAAGUUUGUGUGCUGCUGACACUGCUAUAAGAUCUGCUGGAGGGAAACACACCAAGUCAUCUACUUUUCCUAUCUCUCAAUAUGUAGAUGACAAUGACAAUGUUAUGAUUCUGUCCAAUAAUGAGUUCAGUAUCAUUCACAAAACAAGUAACUUGGAUGUUAGACAGAUAUGCAUUGGUAAUAAAAAUACAUAUACCGUGCAUAACUUGAGCUCAAACAUCCAGUAUUAUUUUGAUGUAUUUGUAGUAAAUCUCCUUACAAAUGCUAGCGCUGCAUAUACAGGGACAUUUGCUAAAACUUUGACAGAGCCCAAACCCAAGGUCUCCUACUUGAAAGAUGGAAAAAUAGUCCAACUUAACUUCAAUGGAAAGAGACAAAAGGUUUAUAGUUUUCAAUAUCAGGCCCAACAUAAAAAAGUCCAGUUCACAUUCCAGUUAUGUAGAGGACAAAUCCGAGCUCAGAUAUUAAAAAAUGGAAAAAUAUUAGUAUCAGAAACCAUUCAAGGUCUAAGGCAUAUUACACUGAAAGGCAAACCGAAUGAGAAGUACAUAGCAAUAGUCAAAUCAACUGAGCUCGUGUCAAAUUCUUCUGUUAUGGUCCAGGCAUCUUCGCAUAUCUUCAAGCCUUUAUUUCCUUUCUUUCCGGAUAGCUUAAAAAUAAAAUCUUUCAACAAACUGCGAACAUGUGACACAGUCACCAUUGCUUGGCUUGGUACACAAGAGAGGAAUAUGUAUUGUGUGUAUAAGAAAAAGGUUCAGGAAGAUGAAGUUUGGAGAGAGAUGUCCAAUGUUGACAGGUGCUCAGGCCCCAACUCUCGACCAAAAUCAGAGAAAGUUAUAUGUAAAUAUUUUCAUGAUAUCAAUGUCCAAAGAGCAGUGACCUCAGAGACCAUAGGUGGUCUACAGAGAGAUACUUCAUACCUAAUCGAUGUGUAUCUCAUGGGCAACUCUGGAAUACUGGUGAGGUAUCACAGUAAACUUGUUAAGACGAGAAAAAAUUGUUAAUGGUCGAACCAACAUUUUUACAUGACAUCUUGAUAAAAAUGAAAGA